UGCAGAAUGCCUCAGCAUCAGACAGAAAAGAGGCUUGCAAGCUCCACUCUCCUGCUUCUGCUCUUGCCACCACUUCACAGCCAACAUGAAGAUCUCUGUGGCUGCCCUUGCUGUUCUCAUUGCAGCCUUCUGCUACCAGACCUCCGCUGCUCCACUUGGCGCUGACACACCAACCUCCUGCUGUUUCACCUACGUCUCCCGGCAGCUGCCCCGCAGCUUAGUGAUGGACUACUAUGAGACCAACAGCUUGUGCUCCAAGUCAGCUAUCGUGUUUAUCACAAGGAAAGGCCAUCAAGUCUGUGCCAACCCCGAGAGCAAAUGGGUCCAGGGGUACAUGAGCGAGCUAAGACGGAAGUGAAGCAAGAGGACAGACUGUGAUGGCUGUGCCACGCUCGGUCCCCACUGCUACCAGGACAAGCAAGCUAUUGCCAGCAAAGGAUUCAGUCAGAAAUGCUUCAAUAUCAUUUAAAGCUAGUUAAGAAACUGAAAAUGUUCAAAACAUGCUUUUAAUAUUUUUCUAUUUAUAUAUUUAACAUUUUAUAGGGGAGAGAGCAGGUCAAAUAACUACUCCAGCCAAAUAUGAAGAAUAUUUAAUAGAUAUAUUUUUUUAAUGAAGCCUCUUGUUCAAUUUGUAUUUUUUGUAUUUAAUUAAUUGUAAUUUUGA